AUGUCUCCCUCCAAGGCCCAGGGAUCAUCUCGGGAACUAGCCGGACCGUUUUAUCUAGGAAACCUUCCCGCUGAAAACAUCUGCAGAGGAGAUCCUAGGCCAUACAAGAACUGUGCCUUUAUCUCUUUCUUGGAGAGCAGUUCCGCCACUCACUUCCACUCUGAUGCGAUUUUGAAGAAACUCGCCAUCAAGGGAAAUGAUAUCAAAAUCGGCUGGGGUAAGCCUUCCCAGGUUCCAACCUCCGUGGCAUUGGCGGUCCAACAAUCCGGAGCCUCGAGAAAUGUUUACCUAGGGAACCUUGCGGAAGAUGUUACUGAGGAGGAGUUACGUGAAGAUCUGGGAAAAUUUGGCCCAAUUGAUACGAUAAAGAUCGUCAAGGAGAAGUCGAUCGGAUUCGUGCAUUUCUUGUCCAUCAGCAAUGCAAUUAAAGCUGUUACCCAACUACCCCAAGAGACCAAGUGGCAAGCACCAAAACGCGUGUACUAUGGGAAGGAUCGCUGCGCCUAUGUUUCCAAGACCCAGCAGCAAAAUGCCGCCCAGUAUCUAGGCAUCGCUCCAGGUUAUGCUCAUAUCCUCAAUUCGGCUGACCGUGAUCUGAUCUCGAAUGCAUUGGCCCAGCAAUCCGUUGCAGCAGCCGCAGUUGCCACUAGCGCUGGUGGUGUAAACAACCUAGGUAAUAGGACCGUUUACUUGGGAAAUAUUCACCCUGAAACGACCAUUGAGGAGAUUUGCAACGUCGUACGGGGUGGACUGUUGCACCACAUCCGCUACAUUCCCGACAAACAUAUUUGUUUCGUCACCUUUAUCGACCCCACAUCUGCUGCCUCGUUUUAUGCUCUUAGCAACUUGCAGGGUUUGAUGAUCCAUAACAGGCGGCUUAAAAUUGGUUGGGGCAAACAUUCCGGCGCCCUGCCUCCUGCCAUUGCAUUGGCAGUAAGUGGUGGGGCAUCCCGGAACGUGUAUAUCGGUAACCUGGAUGAAACCUGGACCGAAGAACGCCUACGCCAAGAUUUCUCUUCCUAUGGUGAAAUCGAAUUGGUCAACGCUUUGCGUGAGAAGAGCUGUGCGUUUGUCAACUUCACCAACAUUGCGAAUGCCAUCAAGGCAAUUGAGGCAAUGCGCAGCCGAGAGGAAUACAAGCGGUUCAAAAUCAAUUUUGGAAAGGAUCGCUGCGGGAACCCUCUCCGUCAGAUCAACAGCAAUGGCCAGAACCGAGAGGGUAAUCAGUCCUCUCCUACUUUGAAUGGGAACCUGCAACAAAACGGAUCUCAAUCCAGCCCAACAAGGCCAGCGUUAUCUCCAGCACCAGGCUCCACAGGUUCACAUUCGCAAAAUGGGCACGGUCGGCAAAUCCCACUCGCGGCAACUCCUUCUGCCAUCCUGAAUGCUGGAAGCAACAAUCCCCUGACGCUCUAUCUGAACCAAAUUUCUCAGCAACAGGCGCAGGAACAAGAAAAUCGCAUGAAUGACCCUAUUACUCUAGCAACCCUCCAGCAGCAACAACAACAGGCACUAGCCCAUCAACAAGCCACCCUCUAUAACCGAGCAGGAUCGAAUGACCUGCCCAAUGGAAACUCGAUGCAUCAGUCCAAAGGAUCCACUCACGGAUUUUUGAAUGUUUCGGCUGGUACACCAAAUUCGACACACGGCGUCACUAGCGGCAAUUCCCUGAGUGUCCCACGAUCGCAACACUCCCGCGCUGUCAGCCUCCCGUCCUUUUCGCAAGAGGCUUUCGGUCAGGGCUCAAACCAACCGCACCAACACCGGAGUGGAAUGUCUCAUCACCAAACCCAGGGAAGUUUUUCAGGUUUCGGUGGCGGGCUAGGUGGGCUGAACCACAACGGAUUUGGGUUGUCCAUUUCCAACGAAGGAUCUCUCCCUGGCUGGGCUGAAGAAGAGAUCGGAGCGAAAUGA